AUGAUUAUGACUUCAUUAUUUUAUUUAAUUGUAUUCUCUUGUGCAGUCUUCAGCAAAUCUAUCAGUACCAUAGUUAGCAUCUCUAAACAAAAUCGAUGGGCUUACUUAUCAAAGUUUAAUUUAGGACCUGAAAUAGGAUAUUGGCAGCUACGAGCAAAAUUAGUCAAUCCUAUAGCUUCUGACAAUAUUGCUUUAGAAGUCAUGACACAUAUAGAUUAUGAAUGGGAUUCAAUUAAUCAGCUUGUCUUCUGCCAGCAAUAUGAUAAAGAGGAAGUAAGAGAAAAAACUUUGAGUUUGCUCCCAAAUGGAGAUUGAACAGAUUUCACUCAUGGUGAACUUGCCAGAAAUGUUUUUCCUCACACUUGAUUUUUUACUGUUUCGUCAUGCAAUAGUACGCUUCAAGGAAAAUACAAAGUAAAAGUAGAGCUCACCAUUCAAACAGAGAGCGGGUCACACAUUUCAUAUGAAUCUUAUUUUUUGACAUACUUAUACCCAGCAAGCAGCAUCUUAUUUGCAAUAGCGUUUAUUCAAUGCUUUAUCAAUUUACAAAAUUAUUUGCAGCAGACAGAGAAAAUUGAGAAAAAAAUAUUUUUGUUAUGUUUAACAAUAGGUAUUGAGCUUCUUGGGAUUAUUUCAGAAACUACGCAUUUAUGAUUAUAUUCAUAUAAUGGUAUUGGCAUGGAAAUAUUGUCCUUAUUUUCACAAUUCUGUGAAUUCUUAUCCCAGCUUCUAUUUAUUACUAUGCUGAUUCUAAUUGCGACUGGAUGGGGCAUAAAACAUGAUGAAUUUCCAGACUCAGAAACAUUUUUGCCAAUCGGAAUGUUGAUGCUUUUUAUCCAUAUUGUUAUAAUUGGAUAUUCAAAAGCCCAUAAUGAAGACCCUGGAAAAAUUUCAAUAUAUGAUGGGAUGCCAGGAACAAUUUUAUUUAUUUUUAGGCUUUCAUUUUGAAUUUUUUUCUUAUAUUGCGCAGCAAACUUAUAUCAGCAAGUCAAAUCUAAAACUCGUACGUUUCUUAUUAGUUUUAUGAUAUUUGGGUCAAUUUACUUUAUUUCUGUACCGCUAUUUGUAGUGAUGUCGUGGCAAAUCCCGAAAUAUCAUCGUUGGUUUUUUAUUAUUUCAUCGACUUUAUGUACACACUUUAUGGGAUAUUUAGUGAUUAUGUGCCAGUUUAGCUCUAAAGGUUCGUAUUAUAAAAUAUCAAAUCUUUCAAGCAAUGUUCUCCCAGGAAAGGAUCUUUAA